AUGGCUUCAUCAUCUCGUGGGGGUGGUAAAAAGGGUAAUUCCAAGCGUUCUAGAGUCGUUGACUCUAGUGUUAGUCAACGUGUCCCAAACCCUCAACGCCAAAAUUCGGGUGAAUUGGCAUUCUUAGACUCUCAACAAGAAGCUAGCACCAGUGGUAAAUUACUUUGUGGGGGUAUGAUCACAAUUAUCCUCAAACACCCAGCUCUUGCCAUUCGCUUUCCACCUGGUCUCGAUGUCAUUGCAGGAGAAACUCGCAUCACGACAAAAAUCUUGAAGAACAUGCAUUUGUUCCAUAUCGAUUAUGAAACAGAGGCCAUUUAUUGGGCUGUUGAUAGCCGUGUUCCAAUUCCCGAGCCUGAUCCUGAUUCUGAUGAGGAUGAGCUCAUUUCCAAUGCAACCAUACCUGAUGUUGCUGCUCCAGUGCAGCAAGAGCCUAUCAUGCAUCCCCAUCAUGACAUGUAUAUGAAAGAACUUCGUAGGUUGCAUGAAGACAAUAGGCGUUUGCAUCAUGAUUAUUCUGAACUUUAUGAUAGUGUUUGUGAGAUAAGUACUGAGAUGGUGGAGUUUAGAGAAGUGUUUUAUACCUUUAGAGAUAAUCAACGAGCACGCAACCAACAUGUAGAUUCCCUUGUGACCGACAUGCAUAGGGUACUCUGUUUAGGUGGUCAACCCACACAACCACCUUAUUACCCUCAAUAUCCACACUACCCUCCACCAUACAAUCCAUAA